UUUAUUAAAAUACCUAUCAUGUUUUCUGCCUUAAAGAAACUAACGAGAAGUAACGAUGAUCGCUGUGCAGCUCCUAUGCCGAUGUCUUCUUCUUUACAAAAGAAAUUCUCCAGAGGAGUCCAUUUUAAUAUGAAAAUUUUAAUAAAAGGGGACCGAAACGUCGGAAAAUCAUGUCUUCUGCAAAGAUUACAAGGAGGACCAUUUACUGAGGAAUAUGUUCCCACUGAACAAAUUCAAGUGGCACCAAUUCAUUGGACAUAUAAAAAUACAGAUUACAUUGUGAAAGUAGAAGUGUGGGAAGUAGUUGAUAAGGGUCGAGCUAAAAAGAAACCACCAUUAGGAUUAAAGCUGGAGAACCAAGCAGCACCAACAACACAAGAUGAAGAAUAUGAGACUCCUGUACUUGAUGCCACAUUCCUGGAUGUUUAUAAGAAUGCCAGUGGUGUUAUAUUGAUGUUGGAUAUAACUAAACCAUGGACAUUUGAAUAUGUAGUUAAGGAGUUGUCAAGGGUGCCUGCAGACCUGCCCGUUGUGGUGUUGGGCAACCACUGUGACAUGCAGCAUCACCGACAAGUACAUCCUCACCAUAUAGAUCAAGCUUUACAUCAUGCUAAACUAACAAGAACAGCACCAGUGCGAUAUGCAGAGUCAUCUAUGAGGAAUGGUUUUGGAUUAAGAUUGUUGCACAAGUUUUUAAGUGUACCAUUCUUAAGGUUACAGAAAACUAGCUUAUUAGAACAGUUGCAGAGAAAUCAAAGGGACAUGGAGGAUGUUGAAAAGGAACUUGAUGAAUUCCAAAAUUCGGACGAGGCGCACUAUAACACAUUUUUAGAUCGCCUUGCGAAUAAACGUCGGCAAAGCAGUGAAAAGGUUGAGCCGCGUGUGAUAAAUGACAGAUCGCCGAGCAUUGUUUUAGGAGCAGGAAAACCAAUAGUACCUCCUAAUGUCAAUCCACUUUUAGCGCAAUCGCUGAAUCCAAAAGGAAUAAAAGCGUGCCAUAGUGUACCAGAUAACACCCAGACUAAUCAGUCGCAGUAUGUAAGCCCAGAUUUGUUGAAACAUAAGCAACCUGUUAGUAUGGAAAUGACACCCUCAAGGCAAUCACAACAAGACAGUGGUCCGGGAACACCGUCUGCUACCAAUGCAUCUGCAUCUUCAGGAGCAUUAGAUGAGUUCUAUGCAGGCACAUUAGAUAGCAGUUUCCUGGAGGACUUGACUCCAUUGUCGAAUUCUAAUCAAGAGGUUACAUAUGACAGUGACAGUGAUGAUGGGGCAGCAAUAAAUCCAAAAGUGACAAUUGAGGAAGAUGAUUUAGACAUAGACAAUAUUCCAUCAACAAAUAAAGUUGCAGAAUCCAGAUUGAGCAUAGAUUAUACUUCGAGAAAGGAAGAGGUUGAUAGUCUGGAUAAAAUGUUUAUGAAACAAACAGCAAUAAAUACAGAUGACAUAGAAGAAAACACAAUGACAUUGAGUACUGGAGAUCCUGAAUUGCAUUUAUCAUUGAACAACGAUUUUCCUAUUUGGGCCGGUGACUCUAGUGUUAGAAGAUCACCGGAAGGUGGAGAAGAUCCUGAUGUUUCAAAAGAGGCAGAUUCUAAGGUAGAAAAGAAACACAAAAAGAAGAAAUCGAAAGACAAAGACAAAACUGAUAGUAGUGAAAAAUCGGAACGUAAAGAGAAAAAACAUAAACAUAAGAAAAGCAAGAGUGAGAAACGUAAUUCAAAUCCACAACAAGAUUUAUUAGCUCCUACAGUAACAGCUGACUUUGAUUAUGAAGAUUACGAUAGCAUUUAAUACUAGUAAUCCACACCGGCGUCGCUCGAGUGGGUAAACAAAAUGUAGCCUUGCUUCCUAGACCUGAUGAGUACCAUAUGAGUUUAUUCGAAAUGUUUUCUCUUUAAAUUAGUAUAGACAAGCUAGAUUUAGUAAAAAUACUAAUUUUAUAGCUUUGUAAUUUUGUACGCGAUUCGCCAUAUUUAAUUAAUUAAGUACAUGUUAAUGAUUUUUCUUAAUAUGCUACUUAACAUUUAUUACUUAAUGCUUUUAUAAAUUAAGAAUGAAUGAAAAAAUAUGAGAUUGUAGCUGAUAUUAAAAAGAUCUGAUGAAAUGUUUCCAAAUGGAUUUAAAAAGUAUUUUAUGAAGCCAGUAUUUUUAUUAAGAAACCAUACAUCUCUAUAAAAUAAAUCUUAUGCAAGAACUUCUACAACAUCGAAAAUGUAGUGUUUUAAAUAAGUUAAAUUGUAUAAAAUCAUAUCCUCUUGCCAUAUUCUAUUCGUGCAGUUGUUAAUUGAGCGUAGCAUAUUUAUUUAAAAUAACAUAAUUCACGCACGUAAUCAGAGGGGUAGACAGAGUACAUGGACCUUCAUUUGGUUCGGUUCUACCACCUCCUCUCGCUUCUUCAUCUUCCUUAUGAAUCUGAUAUUUAUUUUUUGCUUAACCAGACAUUUUUGGGUGUAAAGUUAAAAUCAAAUAUUUGAAUAUAUAAAAAUAGGUUAAUUGAACUAUCAACGAUAAAAAGGUUUUGAAAGUGUUCGCUAACUUCAUAUCGUAUGUAUUGAGUAUUUCAAAAUAUAUUUUGUAUUUUUGUACGAAUAUUAUAUGAGAAAUAACAUAAUACACUGUAGAAUCGAUUGUUUAAUAUGAUGAUAAAAUAACGAAUGAUCUCUCAAAAUUAGAAUUUUGUAUGUCAUUAAUAUUCGGAAUAUACUUGAAAAUUAUAAAUGGCUUUAUUCCAUUAGGUUUAAAAUUGCUAAGGAAUGUUUUUUUUUGUAUUUACUUUAUUUAGCGAGAACAAAAUUUAAAAGGCACAUCUACGCUGAUGUUUAGAACACAGCAAAUCAGCAUUAAUAAAUAAUAGUUUGAUAUCGAAUGAAAUAUUUAUGAUUCUGAAAUAUGUAAACAGUAUUCCGAGAAUUUGAAUUAAAGCUGAAUAAAUUUGCCUUGUGUAUUCAUACGAUUGUCGUCAGGGCUUCCAAGAAAUAACUGUAAACAUUAUUCUCAACUGCUCACCAUAUGCAUCGGAAUAACGUAAUUGUAAUGUGUUUUGUGAAUGUCUUAUACAUAACAGAUAUAUAACCUAUAGAUACUUAAUCCGAAGGACUAAAGUGGGGGAGAAAAAAGGCCUCAGGAACUUUUUGUUAGGGUCAAUUCAGUGUUGUCAUUUACAAAAUUACAUUUCAGAAAUCGAUUCUCAAUUAAUUAUUCGACUUUUAUAAAAUAUUCCAUCUGUAGUCUAUAGGUUGUAUAUCUAUAGUUUUAUCGCUCAGAAUACUUUGUUGAAGUGAUUUAAAAUUUUAUAAUGUUGAAUGUGUUUAUAUUUUGUAAAUUUUUAAUGCAGCGUUAUAUAUCAGCCUUGUGUGUUGGCUAUACAAUGUAUGUUUAAAUGUCAUAUGUGAUUUUAAAAAUAAAUUGGCU